GGCGGAGUUUGGUGUGUGCGUGUGUGGGAGGGGAGUUUUCAUAAUCAUCUCGUGAGUAGUGCUGAGGGAAAAUCCGUCAGUUGAAUUCUCGGAGUAUUUUUAUUUGUGUUGAUGAUGCAGCAGGGUCUUCGAACUUCAGAUUUGUGUUUACUGGAGGAUGAUUUGGAGAAGAGCAAAUUCGACUUGAGGUUGAAUAGGGUGAGGCAAGGUGGAAACAACCCCGCCGCAGAAGAGAUGAGGAAAUUGUCACCCAUCAAGGAAGAUCUGAAAGAGGACAAAAACAGAAAAGAUGAUUUGAGUUCCAUCCGGAGGUAUCGUACAGCCUUCACCCGAGAGCAGCUGGCGAGACUUGAGAAAGAGUUCUGCCGAGAAAACUACGUCUCGAGGCCGCGGAGGUGUGAACUAGCCUCCGCUCUCAACCUGCCGGAGUCCACCAUUAAGGUAUGGUUUCAAAAUAGAAGGAUGAAAGACAAACGUCAGAGACUGGCUCUUACCUGGCCCUACACGGAUCCACAUUUUGCUGCCUACAUCAUCAACGCUGCUUACUCGGGAUAUCCACCUCCACUGGCCGGAUACUACGCCUCCAUUGCCACACGCUAUCCCCCGACCCCUUAUCACGUACCUCCUCCCCCGAGGCCACCACCCCCUCAAACUCUGAGCAGCUACUCUCGCCCGGAAGCACACUUCACCACAUUCGGACCUUGCGUCGAUCCCUGCAGGUGUCAACUUGUUGGAUUUCAGACGAGGGUUCCUGGCAGUCCUCCCACUCCUCCCAUGGCCCCUCAAGACUCUUCACCGACUCCGACAUCUCUGCCGACACCGCCAACAAGAACGACGCAACUCUUCCAACCUUACAAAACGGAUCUCGAAAGAAACUGAAAUGUCAUCUUUUGCACUUUACUCUCUCGCUGGAAUCCCGUGUGGGAUGGAAUAUCACCGUCUAUUCCAGGAUUAUUGGAAAGCACCCUUAAGAUAGUGUGUGUGUGAUGGAUUGGACAACAUAAUGGACAACGACGUAUUUUUCAUGUUUCUCCAAAAGUAAUUUUAUAACUUGUUGACAACCAUGCGAUUUAUCUCAUUUCUAAAUGAAGCUUUUAGAGGCUUAAGGGACGGACCUACAGUAAAUUACUAACGGAAAAGAGUGUUUUUGAACACCCUAUGCCAAAAGUUUAAAAAAAAAAUUAGCAAACUAAUUUUAACUUGUAACAAUUGUUUUUGUUACUAUGUGCGAUAAUUGCACAAAAUUUCGCAUACUGACGGAGAUAUAGACAUUUUCAUAAAGAAAAGAAGAAAAAAAGCAAAUUUGUUUGUUUAUGUUUUUUUGCUAAAACUUUAAAAAUAUUCGAUAAAAUGAAACAACAUUUUUAGAGCAAUUUAAAAUGAAUUGCAAAAUUAAUGCUUUAAAAUUUCAGAAAAAUUUGUUUAAAAUUGCGCAAGAUAUGAGUCAUUAAAUAGCUCUUUUAGAUGGCGCGUGAAAAAUUUGAAUUUCUUUUUUUUUCUUUCUAAAAUUUGUAGAGCAACUAAUAACUAAUAUUUCGCAACUUAUAAAAAAAAAAGUCCGAUUUGUUAUCUUACGAGUUUAAGAAUUUUCAAACAAUUUUCAAAGCAGUUUCGUUUUGAAAGAAAACUCAAAAUAAUAAGGGUUUUUGUACGCAAAUAUCAUUUUGUACUGUUAAAGAUUUAUUAAAAAAGGACUACUGCUGCAUCCCCCAUAAAAGCCUUUUCUCUUUUGCAUGUUUUCUUUCCUUGUACAAUCAUAUUUCGGUGCAUAAACGUUUAUUGUAAGGAAUUAUCGUACGUUAUUUAUUUAUUUUUUUAUGAUACAAAAUAAUAGUUUUUCAGAAAACCCCUUAUCAUUUUAAGUUUUCUUUUAAAAGGUACGAAAACUACUUUGAAAAUUGCUUGAAACUUUUUAAAAUUUUAAGACAAUCAAAUCAGAUUUUUUUUUAGUUGCCAAAUACGAUUCAGUACAAAUUAUGAUUAAAAAAAAAUUAAAAUUUUUUCUGCGCAUGCACCAAUAAUAUUGUAAUUAAUUUUAAAUUGCAUCAAAAAGUGUGUCUAGCAUAAUUAAAUAUUUUUAAAUUUUUAGCAAAAAAAGAAAAAAACGUAAGACAAAGAAAAAUAGUUUUAAUUAAAAUGGUCAUAUCUCCAUACAUAUCGAAGCUAGGUUUACAAAAUUUCGAGCAAUAGUCGCAUAUAAUAACCACAAUAAUUGUUACAAGUUACAAAUUUAUUCCUACUUUUUUUUUUUUUUUUUGGCAUUCAGUGUUCAAAAAUACUUUGUUCCGUAUGUAAUUUAUUGUCGGUCCCUGAGAAGUAUAAGAAAUCGCCUUCAGAAGUUCUAAAAUGAUUCUUUAAGUAUUUCUUGAGAAUAUGAAAAAUUUAUUAGUAUCGAAGUGUUUCCAUUAUUUUAUCUACCCCUGUAUGUGUAUAUAUAUAUAUAUACAUACACACACGAAAACACACUUUAUAGUGUUGGAGUGUACGAGAAGAUUUUAACUUUUUCACUCAUCAUGAAACCAAAUUUUUGUUAUUUAACCUGUUCAGGACGAAAGUAGAAGGAAGUGCACGCACGCCCUUUAGACACCCUUUUUGAUGUUGAGGUAAACGAAAUACAUUUUUAAGUACAGAAUGGUAGUUAUCGUGCGGAAAAUGAUAUAAAAUUGACAAAAUAACAAUCGUUUAAAAUAAAAAAUAGUAAAACUGUAAUUGUUAUUUAAACGAAGUGUUUUUGUAAUUUUGGGUUCUAAUGCGUACGAAAAUAGGAGUUCUCAGUAAGCAAAUG